GACAAGGAAAGGAGCUAGGGAGUGGAGUGUAGGGACCAUAACCUGAAAGACGUAGUCCUGACAGGAGGACAAUUCUAUUCCCUACCAAAAUGAAGCUGCUACUGCUGCUGCUGUGUUUGGGACUGACUCUAUUCUGUAUCCAUGCAGAAGAAGCUAGUUCUAUGGAAAGGAACUUUAAUGUAGAACAGAUUAGCGGGUAUUGGUUUUCUAUUGCUACAGCCUCUGAAAACAGAGAAAAGAUAGAAGAACAUGGCAGCAUGAGAGCUUUUGUGGAAAACAUCACUGUCUUGGAGAAUGCCUUAGUCUUUAAAUUCCAUUUUAUUGUAAAUGAAGAGUGCACCGAAAUGACUGUGAUUGGUGAAAAAACAGAAAAGGCUGGCAUAUAUUAUAUGAACUAUGAUGGAUUCAAUACAUUUACUAUACUUAANACAGACUAUGAUAAUUAUAUUAUAUUUCAUCUCAUUAAUGAAAAGGAUGGGGAAACCUUCCAGCUGAUGGAGCUCUGUGGCCGAGAACCAGAUUUGAGUUUAGACAUCAAGGAAAAGUUUGCCAAACUCUGCGAGGAGCGUGGAAUCAUUAGAGAAAAUAUCAUUGACCUAACAAAUGUCAAUCGCUGCCUCAAGGCCCGAGAAUGACGAAUGGCCUGAGCCUCCAGUGUUGAGUGGAGACUUCUCACCAGGACUCCAGCAUCAUCCCUUCCUAUUCAUAGAGCAUCCCAUGCCAAGUUCUGUGAUCUGCUCUCCACCUGUCUCACAGAGAAGUGCAAUCCCAUUCUCUCCAGCAUAUUACCUAGUAUAACUUAUCAGGAAUCAAAGACAUUCUUUAAAUUUCUCUUUGCCAACACAUGGAAAUUCUCCAUGGAUUUCUUUUUCUUUCUGUUCAAUAAAUGAUUACACUUGCACUUAAA